AGUGUCUCCAAGUGGCUGAACCAAUUUCCAUGAACAGCAGCAAUAUUUAAUCCCAGCAGAAGUGCAUCGUGAUCUUCGCCCUGGUCUGCUGCUUCGCCAUCCUCGUGGCGUUGAUCUUCUCGGCCGUGGACAUCACGGGGGAAGACGAGGAUGGGCUCUCGGAAGAGAACUGUCAGAAUAAAUGCCGAGUUGCCCUGGUGGAAAAUAUUCCUGAAGGCCUUAACUAUUCAGAAAAUGCACCCUUUCACUUAUCACUUUUCCAAGGCUGGAUGAAUUUACUCAACAUGGCCCAAAAGUCUGUUGACAUAGUGUCUUCCCAUUGGGACCUCAACCACAGUCAUCCAUCAGCGUGCCAGGGUCAACGUCUUUUCGAAAAGUUGCUCCAACUGACUUCACAAAAUAUUGAAAUCAAGCUAGUAAGUGAUGUAACGGCUGAUUCAAAGGUAUUAGAAGCCUUGAAAUUAAAGGGAGCCGAGGUGACCUACAUGAACAUGUCCGCCUACAACAAGGGCCGGCUGCAGUCCUCCUUCUGGAUCGUGGACAAGCAGCACGUUUACAUCGGCAGUGCUGGUUUGGACUGGCGAUCCCUGGGACAGAUGAAGGAGCUCGGUGUCAUCUUCUACAACUGCAGCUGCCUGGUCCUGGAUUUACAAAGGAUCUUCGCUUUAUAUAGUUCGUUAAAGUUCAAGAGCAGAGUACCUCAGACCUGGUCCAAGAGGCUCUACGGAGUCUAUGACAAUGAAAAGAAAUUGCAGCUUCAGUUGAACGAAACCAAAUCUCAAGCAUUUGUGUCGAACUCCCCCAAGCUCUUCUGCCCUAAAAACAGAAGCUUUGACGUUGACGCCAUCCACAGCGUCAUCGACGACGCCAAGCAGUAUGUGUACAUCGCGGUCAUGGACUACCUGCCGAUCUCCAGCACAAGCUCCAGAAGGACUUACUGGCCAGACUUGGAUGGGAAAAUAAGAGAAGCGUUAGUUUUGCGGAGCGUCAAAGUUCGACUCCUGAUAAGCUUCUGGAAGGACACGGACCCCCUUACAUUUAACUUUAUUUCAUCUCUUAAAGCUAUUUGCACUGAGGCCAACUGCAGUUUGAAAGUUAAAUUUUUUGAUCUGGAAAGAGAGAACGCUUGUGGUACAAAAGAACAAAAGAAUCUCACCUUUCCUAAAUUAAAUCGGAACAAGUACAUGGUCACGGAUGGGGCCGCUUAUAUCGGGAAUUUUGACUGGGUAGGGAAUGAUUUUACCCAGAAUGCGGGCACGGGCCUGGUGAUCAACCAAGCAGAUGUGAGGAACAACACGAGCAUCAUUAAGCAGCUGAGAGAGGUGUUUGAGAGGGACUGGUACUCACCCUACGCCAGAAGCCUACAGCCAACCAAACAGCCCAACUGCUCCAGCCCGCUCAGGCCCAGACCCCCCUCAAACCAAACUGCACCCCACAGCGCGAGUGGGAAGGACCCUGCUGGUGUAUAACACGAACGACCACACUGACGGGCCUCUGGUGUUUCCCAUUUAUACGUAAAGGACCGGAGGAGAGGGGAGCAGUUUAAUAUCUCUUUUUUUUAGGGAAAAAGCACACUUAUCAAAAAGUAACCCCAACGCCAUGUCCUAUCUAACCACAUCUGAGCGGCGGGGACACUCAGUUUAAGACUUCAGCGUGUGUGGCUUCCGACGGAGGAUGUCAUCUCAGCGUGGAAUUGGUUUUUAGGUUUGCAUACGGAUUUUCAGACGUGGCCGCCUCUUCCUUUGUACUUUUAGAGCACGUCUGCUGACCCCGUGGUCAGGCCUAGGGAGCUUAGCAUGAGGUGAGCUCUCUUUUAUUCUGAGAACUGACUUGGAAGAGAAUGGAUUUCAUCUCGGACAAGAGGCCAAACCAAGUCUUUACCCUUGUAAACCAUCUCCAAGGCCUACACCGUCAUCUGGCCGUGAACUUGUCCUGCCAGCCUCGGUUCUCCUGAAACGUACCUUUUUCGCCGCCUUGCUCAUUUCCUUCUGACGCCAUAGAUUUUAUUUUUAUCAUUUUCUCUUCUCACCGAAUGUUGUCAUCUAGUGUCCCUCUAGUCACCUCCACACUAGUUCCAAGUAUGAUUAUCUCCUGAAAGGGUAUGAAUUCCUCGGAACGGACACAAAAUGGAAAUAGCGGUCUUUAAGUGUCACCUUUCAACUGCAUUCUUCGUCUACCAGGUGGAGAUUUUCAAACCACAGCCAGCAAUAUGUAUCCUUUCUCUCAAGCUCAGAAAAAUGAUGCAGCCACCUGCUAAUACGCAGCAAGCUAUGAGGUCUAGUGGCUUUCCACAUUUUUUUGUUUAGUUUCCGCUAUUAGAAAGGAAAGAUCUCUGUGCGUCCGUGGACUUGAAUUUCUUUAGAAUCAUGCUGUUAAGAGUAUGCCAGCAAACGUUUAUAGAGCUAUUUAAUAUACCUUCUGCUAUUUAAUAUACCAAAUGCUUUUCAGAGAAAUGCAAUUUAAAUACUGUGCUUAACAUAUUUUACUAAGAAACAAAAACACUGGAUUAUUGUUCUAUAAUGUCACUGUGUGUUGUUUUAUAUCUGUCUAUACAAUAUAUAAUGUGUAUUUACAGAGACUUGCUACACUAGACAGAGGCAUGGCCUCCUCGGAGCCCAGAGCAGGUGGCCUCAGGAUGCCCAGUCUUAACGGUGCACCUGACUCUGUCCUUGGCCUUGGGUUUCUAUUGGUAACGUAGGGACAGCAAAUACCUACCUCGCGAAGAUGUUGUUACGGUAGGAAAUAUUUAUAACUUGUUUUGAAAUCAAAAGAACCUAUAUAAAUGCUAAGCAUUAUGAUGUAGAAUAUUUUUAUUGAAAUAAUCUUUGUGGUAUCCUGAUAGAAUCAAUACCAGGCUCUCCCAGAGAACCUGCAAGACAGAACCAUUUCACAGCUUCCAGUUGCAAGUGCGGAGGAGCACGGCCAUGGGGACACCCUGCUGGAUGGACAUCGGGAUCGUGGUCCUUGUGUCCGUCACUGUGGCAUCAGUGACAUCAACAUAAACCUUGACGUGUGUGAAGUAUUGUUCAUUUGGAAUGGCAUGCACAGGUGUUUUCAGAGCAAAGACAAGCAAUCUUAAUUACUUCUUCCUAUUUCUAGAGAUGUAUUUCUAAUAUACCAUAAAGAGUGAUGGAGAAAUCCAUGAAUCUUAUCCAGUGGGUUCGCUUGGUGUAGGAUGGCUAUUUUUUUCCCAUUUUUUCUAUCUUUUCUAUUUUCUUCCAUACAA